UUAGACAAGUGUCAAAAAUAUAAUUACACUUUUUGUAAGCACAAAACAGCCGGAUUUGGGUUUAUUGCACAAUAUUAUUUUAUAAGUCAUUCUACGUUGCGACCACGUUGGGGGUCGACAUGUAAACAAGGAACAGUAUUCAACUCGUAAUAUUAGUGACAAAAAAUAACCUAGAAUGGCGUCUAAAUCAGAAAACGUUCGUGCUAGGAUUGUAAAGGCUUACGAAUUAGAUGAAAUUGAGAAGUUAAUCAAGGAUGCGAAAGUCGCUCAUGUUAUGCUUACUGAGGCACCUCCACUGGUGGAUGAAGCAAGUGUAUUGACUCGCCUCAGUGCUCUCACUCUCCGAAGUUCAGACGGUAUUAGUUGUUCCUGUUGUGGUGUUGGUCCGUUCACCACAAGAGCGCAGCAGACUGCGCAUUACAAACACCACUGGCAUACGCACAAUCUAAAGAGGAAGCUGUUUGGCCGGAAACCUAUUAGUCUUGGAGAAUAUACUGCUCGUCAAGAUGAAAGCUCAAAUGUAUCAGCUAGUGACUCCGAAGCUGAUGACAACCCUGAUGCCGCAGCUACCGAGCUGUUUGCGUUAGCCACUCGGCACUGCAAGGCGUUCUACUCUAAUCCCAAGGGACAGGUGUUUUGUAUCUACCGCUGUUUGCUGCACCAUAGGAAGGAAGAGAUGUCCCACGACGGCGAGGGUCAUUUCUGGGCUCGUCGUCUGAAAGAACUCCUGAGUCCAGGCUUCGGACGCUGGGCAGUACUGAUGGUGUCUGGUGGCCACUUCGCCGGCUGCAUCUUUACCGGAGGCAGUGACGCGAUCCACAAGACUCUUCACUCGUACACCACGCGACGGGGUCAGGGCAUGGCUCAGUCAACCAGGGAUCAAACGGGGAACGCUCCAAAGUCUGCAGGUGCAAGUCUGAGGAGGUACAACCAAGAGCAAUUCCUUGCGCACGUCCAAAACAUUCUGGUUAGCUGGAAUGAUGACCUUAAAGGCUGUUCCCUGGUGUUCUACCGGGCUGUGGGGACGAUUAACCAGGCUGCCCUCUUCGGAAAACCAUCACCUUUGAGGAAAGAGGAUCCAAGGGUCAGGCAACUGCCCUUCCCUACUCGGAGACCCUCUUUCAAAGAGGUCAAAAGGGUCUUCCAGACUUUGGCUAGUAUUGAAGUUUAUGAAUCGCUGCAAGAUUUCCAAAAAGGGCUGCUGGCUCUCACUGGCGGUAAAAUUCCAUCGAAAACCAACUCGGACACUAGCGUCAAAAAGGCACAAAAACAACAGGCCAAAACCUUUGACAGAGCUAAAUCUAGAGAACGCGCUCCCCGCGAGCUGCCCACCCAAGUGACCUCAAGCGAGGACGAGGGUCCUUGCUACAUUGACUCGGAGACUCCGGCCGGUUGGAUCAAAACCCUAUCAGAACAGAGCAGUAACGGCAUCAUCACCAAUUCUCGGAAGGAUCUCCUCAACGACCUCAACGACUGUGUGAUCACCAGCUGUGUAGACUCGGAGAGUGAGAAAGAGGUCGUGGAGAAAAAAGAAGAGCCAAGAAGAAAGAAGAAAGGUAACAAGAAACCAGAAGAAAAGACUUUACCUGUGAAGAAGGGACCUCCCAAGAUUCCUGCUAAUGUUAAGAAUAUGUGGAGAUCAAUUUUGGACAAAGACAGCACCAGUCUCGAUACAAUUAUUGAAGCGUUCGAGGGUGACAUUCAAGCGGCUUGCAACACUCAGGAUCCUAUUGAUGGCAACACUGCCUUGCACAAAGCGGCCAUUGCUGCUAAACCAGAGAUGGUCACUCAGAUCCUCACGGCGGGCGGGGACCCGUGCAUCAAGAACCACGAGCUGCAGACUCCGUACGCGGCCACGCCACACGCAGACACCAGGAUCGCGUUCCGAAUGUUCCAAGCACAACAUCCUGAUAAAUACAACUAUUCGAAGUCCCAAAUCCCUGGUCCAGUUACGCCAGAGCAGUUAGAACAAGAGAAAGAGAGGAAAGCACAACAGAAGAAGGCGAAACGUCAGCGUGAGAAAGAGAGGCAGGCUGACAAGAUGAAGGGGAACGCGUUCCUAUUGCUUAGUGAUGACCAGAAGAGAAAAGUACCAGUACAAGAACAAAGGUGCUUCCUAUGCGGCAGUCAGCUGCCCAAGGUGCCGUUUGAGUACGACGGGUGCAAGUUCUGCCAGAUUCCCUGCCUCCACAGCCAUCGGAAGAUCAGGCCCCUAAACAAGAGUGUUGAAUAAAUCAUAUCUUUAUUUAUACACGGUACAAGUAUAUUGACUAGACGACAAAUAAUUUCGGGUAUAUUUUUAGUUAUUCUCGGUUAGUGAAACUGAUAUUGUUUACGGUUUACAUGAAGUUGGAUUAAGUGGCUCUGUCUUCUGGUGAGAUAAAGCCAAAAUCUUAAGUUAGUAAAUUAUUUAUUUUCUAAUGAGACCAACAUUUGUAUUUGUUAAAAAUAUUGACAUUAUUCUGUGUAAAUUAAUUUAAAGUGACGGGUUACUCACGUGAAAUAUCAGAGAUAAGCUCUACUACUAGUUUCAAGUUAUAACGGGACUCUUAUUUAUGAGUUGCGUGCGUAGACGCAUUAUUCUUCCUGGCCGUGAUAUAAUUCUUCCAUUUUCUUCAAUCAAUGCUAAUACCAUCCUGUAGCUUACUCCUAUCAAAAAAUCAUGAUUGCAGUGCCAUAAAGCGCAGUGCUGCCAUCUGCGAACAAAAUAAAUGUUUUCCAUGUAGUUUUAGUAUUAUUCGCUCGCGUCGUCAUGGUAUUCUAUCAUCUAAGUCAGCUCCAUACCCUGUCUGUAUACCAAUCAUAAAAAUCCGUUCAGUAGAUUCAACGUGAUUGACGGACAAACAUCCAAACAAACUUUCACAUUUAUAAUAUUAUGAGUGUGAAGUGCGUGAUUAGCAGAUUUGCCUUCAACACUUAUCUACCGAUGGUAGAUUUAAAAAAGACCAUGUCGUUCUGUUGUAUUACGAUUUGACAAGUUUAACUUGCUUUUAGGUACAAGUACCUAAUAAAUAAAUAUGUAAUACAUACCCUGUAAUAUUGUCGUCUAGUGAUUAUACAAAUAGUCAAUAUUGUAUUUCGGAUUAUAUUUAUUGUACAUCUUUUUCUUAUAAGUGGACAAAAUAUAAUUUUGGUUUUACAAUUAAA